GGCGUGUGGGCCUGACCAUCGAAGCGAAGCUGCUUUCCCUUCGGCUCCUCGUCUCAUCCACCCGAGAGCACUACCGGCGGAGCAAGAAGGCACCGAUGGUGGUCGCCACCUUCAGCGGUCCCGGGAUUGGGCUCGGCUUCGGCGUCGGGUGCGGAUUCGGGGUCGGAUGGGGGUUCGGAGGAAUGCCUCUGAACGUGUUUGGCUUGGGAUUCGGUGGGGGAUGCGGAGUUGGUCUCGGGUUAGGAUGGGGCUUUGGCAACGCUUAUGGUUGUCAAUAUCGAUCUUCAAGGGUCCAGUUUCAGGGCAUUGAAUUUCAGAAAAAGUCUGAAGGAGAUGAAGCACCAAAGAUUGUUUCGUCAGGGCUUGUUGAAAAAUCUCGUCCCUAUGGAUAAUAUAGGUGCUAUCAUGUAACUGGGGCAAGCAAUGUUACUAUUGUCCCCUUAAUUGUAGUUUAUAUUAUCUAUCUGCAAGUUCUUUGGAAGCAUUUUGGUUAACUCAGACAUUUCCUUUGUAAUAAGAAUGAGAAUAAUCCACGGCAAUGGGUUCGAGAUGAUAAUACAUGUU